AUGAUUGCCUCGACCAUCAAGAUUGAAGAUGUCCGAGAAUAUGUUGACGAUGUUAUCGCGACUUUAAAUGAAUCGCUUCGAAAAGUGAAUCACGAGCUCGCCUAUGAGGAGCACCAUGCUCAUGAUACAAUCUGCGACUUCCUAGAGACGCAGGGAUUCACCGUCAAUCAGCAUGCAUACGGCCUGGAUACUUCAUUCGAAGCUUUAAGCGGAUCAGAUGGACGACUUAUCAAUUUCAACGCCGAAUACGAUGCUCUUCCGGACAUAGGACAUGCCUGUGGCCACAAUCUCAUUGCUACCAGUAGCAUUGCCGCCUUCUUAUCCCUCUCCUUCAUUUUGAAAAAAUUCCAAAUACCAGGGCGAACUCAGCUUCUGGGCACUCCGGCUGAAGAGAAUGGCGGUGGAAAAGUCAAGCUCAUCGAUGCAGGAGCCUAUAAGAAUGUUGAUAUUUCACUUAUGGCGCAUGGAGGGCCUAAGAAAAUUUUCGCCGACCAGGAACCCUCAGAUGGAAUUGCGGGGACUCUCAUGAAUGCACGCAAGAAGGUUCAUUGCGAGUUUACUGGAAGAAGUGCCCAUGCAGGAGGCAAUCCUUGGGAUGGAAUUAACGCACUAGAUGCUUUAGUCUCAGCAUAUAACAAUGUUGCUGUCUUACGACAGCAGCUUCUACCCGAGCAACGUAUCCAUUGUGCAUUUAUGGACACACCCAAAGUAGCAAAUGUGAUUCCAGCUUAUACUAAGGCGUUCUGGCAAGUACGAAGUCCGUCUCUCAAGGGGCUCAACAAUCUUGCGCUCAAGGUGCGCAAUUGCAUCGAAGCUGGAGCACUCGCAACUGGAUGCCAGGUGGUUAUCAAAGAAGAAGAACUUUACACUGAAGUGCGCUUGAAUGAUACUCUGUGUGAGCGAUAUCAAAUCCAUAUGGGCGAGUAUGGCCGAAAGGUGAUCAAACGUCACGAUAAAGUCAUUACUGCAUCAUCCGAUAUAGGGAAUGUCAGCUAUGUGACACCCACUCUCCACACCAUGUUCGGUAUUCAAACACCGGACAACACCUUUCCACAUCACCCUGCUUUUACUGCAUCUGCAGGAACAGACGAAGCGCAUGCAGAGGCUGUGAUCGUGGGCUGCAGUACUUGCCGUCGACGCAAGGUAAAAUGCGGCGAAGAGCGUCCAACAUGUAGCCGCUGUCUAAAUCUUCGCCUCGCUUGUGAAUGGGGAGUUCCAGUGAAGCGUGGUCGUAGUGCACAAAUCCGACAUCUACAGCAUCUACAGCAUCUACAACCAGCUCCUGGUACAUCAGAGACAGGAGAUUCUCCUUUGAAAAUUUCAAGAAAAGUCAUUCUCAAUGGGCACUCUACAUUCUCUUGGCCAGGCGAUGGCGUGACAUUAGAAACACCCUCGACCACAGAAUUUUACCCACCUUUCACCCACAUCCGAAACUCCACGCCCCUCUACCCCGUAUUGGGUGGCUAUGAAAUCAUAUGCGCCAAUUCUUUAACGCUUACAGAACACGACCAGAAAUACUUUGCAUACUUCCCAGAAUCAUCCAUCAUUCAUUAUUAUAUGAAAGGAUGGCGUUGGAGCAGCUUCAACUACCUCUAUCAGAGCCCUGCCUCAAAUAAUAAAGUGAUUAUGCGGAUGAUCAUAGCUCUAUCUGCCAGUGAUAUGCACCGGUAUGGUCUUGUUGUUCGCUCCCCCGGUCGACCAACGGCCGAAGACCAUGGCCGAUAUCAUUAUAGUCUGGCUGUUAAGGAGUUCCGACAGCUACUAGAAACUCCCCGAAGAGAUGUUUCUGUGGCUGAGCUGGAGAUGAUUUUCGCGACAAUGUUUUUGAUGAUCACUUACGAGUGGCAGUUUGGCCACUCUGUACGCCAUCUUCAACUCCACUUGGAUGGUGUGCGUUCUCUUCUUAAGUCACAUCCGCAGUUAUUUCGCCUGAAGGAUGUCAAUGACGCUUUCUUGGCUGAACAUUACAACCUCCUCCCUGAUGAGAAAAAGCCCGUUUCCAAAGUCUCAUUUAUUCCAGAGCAAUUCCUUUUAUGGACUUUAUACAUUGACGCAAGUUGCCGACCCAUGGGGCUGACAGAAUCCUUAUACGAUUAUGUCAUGCAAUCAAACAACCCAGCUCUAUACCCGGACCAUCUACAUAAAUGUGCUCGUCUUUGGGGCCGAUGUUUCUAUGGUGAACAGUAUCCCGAUCAGGAGGUUUUGGACGACAUCGAAAACUAUCGGGCUUUAGAGCUAUUGCAUGCCGGCAUGUGCAUGCGAUAUCAAACUAUGAAGGUACUCAUGAAUCCAAGGGCUGGACCCGAUUCAAAGGACUCUAUCUUCCGUGAGAUCAUGUCCACACGAGAUCGAUUCUCCGAUCUCUUCAUCACCGCCAGAUUUGCCGCUGGCGUUUCAGCUCGACGAACGCUGAACACUAUUUACAUGGCGGUGUGUACAUUCUACGCGCAAGUUCUCCUUCAUCGACGCCUUCUCUGUCCAGAAAGUCUUCCCACCUCGCUCCACCGGCAGGCCACAACCGGUAUUGUGGAUAUUGCUUCUAAGCAAUUCGCUUCCGACCCUCGUCUGCUACGACGCCUCCACUGGGCUCUUUUGACAGCCAUUAUUGAAACAGAUAACACUAAUCACCGCCUGUGGCUCCGAGAACGCCUUCUAGAAUUUCGCAACUAUCAUUCGGAAUACAUGUGGGCUAACGAGAUCGCUGAUCAGAUUCUGGCGCGGCAGGACAUCAGCAAGGGCUGUUAUGUGAACCUGGCGGAGCUGCUCCUUCAACGGCUCAAUGAUGUACGAUUUGUACAAUGA